GUUUCAUAACCAUCCACAGCACAUGCAGCUAGAAGAGGUGAGAGCAUUGAGGGGAGAAACCAUUGGAUUGAGUCAGACAGUCAGUCAGUCAGUCCACUCGUUCACAAGUGUGGCAACGCAGCGCAUGAUGCAUCCAUCGACUCCCUCCAUGAGAUGAUGAGAUGGCCCGGCGUCCGUCCGUUCUCUCAAGCAGUCAUCCAUCGCUCCCAUCGGGCUCCCGAGGGAGGAGCGGCCGAUCCAUCCAGUCGGCCACCUCCUGCGGCAAGGACGACGACGGGCCAGGUCCAUCACCAUCACCAUCACCACCACCACCCGCCACAGCCCAGUCCCCUGCCGAUUCUGAAGCAGAUGAUGCCGCUCCCUCUCCCCCUCCCGCAGCUGCAGCACCACCACCACCACCAGCAACACCAGCACCAGCACCACGGGUUGAUGGCUGCCGCGCCCCAGGCCCCACAAACAAGGCGCGCCACCACGGCCUUGUGGGAGGCUGUUGUGUGGGUUGUGUGGCGUUGGUUGUGCUGCCGUCGGAUGGACUGCUGUUGCUGCUGCUGGAGGGUGGUGCGGGAGGGCGGGUGGUGCGGCCACUGCGGCCGCGGGGGGGCGGGGCUGCGCCGACGGCUGAGCGGAGGUCGGUCUUGCACAAGGGGCACUCGAAGGAACGCUGCAGCCUGCAGACAGACACAACCGCACCAAGGCGAGACGGAGAGCGUGUGUGUGUGUGUGUGUGUGUUCCUUCCUGCGUGUGUCGUGAUGUGAUGUGUGAUGGGUUUGGCUUGCUUGUACCACUCGUCGAUGCACUGUCUGUGGAAGUAUUGGUUGCAGCACGGCAACUUACGAAGCCAAUCUGGUGGAACACACACAACAAGCACACCGACCGGUCAGACCCACAGACAGACAGACAGACAGACAGACAAGGUGAACGGAUGGAUGGCUGACGCUGUAGUGUGGUCCAAGUGUGUGCCGCGCGGUGCGGUGUGUGUACCUCCAGGUUCUAGGUCUCCCAGGCAGAUCAUGCACUUGGUGUCGGACCCGAUGCUGCUCCCGCUGCCGCUCGCACUCCGGGACGGCGAUGCACGCGCGCCGAGACUCUCAUACCCACCCCCACCACCAUCCCCACCAGCUGCUGCCGCCGGACGGGUGGUGUCUGCAGCCAGCACCAUGCAAACCAUGCAUAAGGAUUCCACACAGAACAGAGUGUAGGUGUGUGUGUCGGACCUUUCAUCUGAGUGAGCGGCAGUUUGUUGAGCUGUGCCUCCGUCAUGCCGCGGGGCCGCCUGCCGGGGGCCAACCCGCUCGCAGUCAAGAUGCGCUGAUAUAAUGGACGAAGCAAACCGUCAUUGAUCACCCACAUUAGAUCUAUCUUGCGGCCUGCCUGCCUGUCUCUCCGUGUGUGUGUGUGUGAGUGUCUGCGACAUACCUCUACGUCGGAUUGGCUGAGGUCCGUGUUGUUGAGGACGUAAAGCUGCAGCGGGGGCGGCAGGUGGCUGAUGGUGGCUGCACAAAGAGAGAGAGAGAGAGAGAGGCGCACCGCACACAAGAGGUACACCACCUCACUGUGUGAGUGUCUGUCUGUCUGUCUGUGUGCGUCCUCACAUACCGAGCACUUCUCGUGGCAGCAGGUUGCGGAUGGUGGGGGCAAGAGCUGCAUUCACACACGCGCACACGCACACACACACACACACACACGUGAGACGAGACCAGGCCACGGAACGGCCAAACACAGCGAGGCAGCUGUGUGUGUGCUUGUGCUUACUUCCAGAGCAAUGCACUGUGGUUUCAGGUCCAACCCGAAGGAAGGCGUCAGGCUCUGCGAUGACCAGCCGGAACUGCACACCCUGGUAGGUGAAGAUGUCGCCCACACGGAAACGCUGCACACGCAGAGAGAGAGAGAGAGAGAGAGAGGAGGAGAUGAGAUGAGAUGACUGUGUGCAGUGAGAGGGCCUAUCUAUGUGUGGUGUGCAUAUUCUGUCUUGACAAGACAAGACGUGCCCACCUUGAGGGGGUUGGUCUGCAGGUAAGGCCUCAGGUAGUCGUCCCACAGGUUGAAGCCAUACGUGCGGGCCGUCGGCAACGUGUCGGAGAACGGCACAAAGUGAACCUGAUAAGUGGAUGGAUGGAUGGAUGGACACGGGAAGGAACCGCAGGGAGGGAGGUGUCUGUCUGUCUGUGUCCGUUGUGUCCAUGUUCUGUGUGCUGCUGCUGCUCUGUCUGUGCGAGGUGGAAAGAAUUCACCGACCCUGUUGAAUUCUCCCGCGCCAUCCCAGUUGGCGUGGACGAGUGUGGUCUUGACGACCAAACCCAUGCGGUUGUUGGGCCGCGUCGCUGCAGGCACCACACCACACGCCACACACAUCCAUCCAUCCAUCCCUUCGCCAAGCCACACGUGUGACCAGUGUGGCCCGACCGACCUGAGCACACGACGUUGACCCCGUCGCAGUCGUAUUUCCUGUUAGGCAUGGCCACCAGGAAGGGAUUCGACUCGAUGAAGGGCUUCACAUACAACAGCCACAAAUCCUGGUGGACACACAACACAACCAACACAACACAACACAUGUCCAUAAGCUAUGCUGUGUGGAUGGAUGGAUGGAUCCCAGCCCACAUACCUCAUCUGAGCAGACUUGUUCGGCGUCGGGGUCCUUGGUCGUGGCGGCAAACUGGACACGCUCCAGCUCUAUCAACGGAGGACCCUCAGUGAACACAUGAGUCUGACACACACAACACACAACACACAACCACACACACAGCCACACAAUCCAUCCAUCCAUCCAUCCAUCCAUCCAUCGAGAGCCUUUCUGCAUGUCUGUGGCACAUCCGCCAGACCCACCUGUGAGUUGACCAUCCCCUCAUCAGGCUCCGCCUCAAUCACGACGAAAUCCCUCCGGCACUGCGUGGUGAUCUUGGUCCACCGCCUGACAUGUGGGUUGGCCCGGAGGUGACUCAUCACCGCCUCCCUCUCGCUCGCAUCCGCCUCGGCGAUGUCAUUGACGUCAGACCGCAGAGGCAGGAUGUGCACCUUCGAUACCCACCUGUCGUCACCGCCUCCAUUGGUGUGUGCUGGGAAAAGCGGCUCGUCGGGAGGCGCCGAAGCGUCUGCCAUCGUCAGCCUUUGCG